GUGGCUUGAUGGUUUCGAGUCCUCGACCGAUGCUCAUGAUCCCCAUUCCUUGCUUCUGCUCGCCUGUUGACAGAAUCACGUGAGUCACUUGAUUGUUUUCUGCUUGUAAUCCAUAUGCAGAAGUCUUACAUCUUCCUAUUGGUUGUUUGGCAGGACGUAAGUAUAUUUCAAUCACUCGAGGACUCUAACCACAUAGUCUCUUGUAUCCAUGAUAUGUUCGCAGAAUGUGUGAAAACCGCGAUAGAGGACACUAUGCGCAUCCUUCAGCCUGUGGCUCUGGAGGAAUCAUUGUUUACUGCUCGUUCAAACAGCAUCAUUCAUACUGGCAUUGCUACUAUCAUCGUCCUCGAGUACUCUGCCUUUCUGCUGAAUAAUGACUCCAAGAAGCUGGAGAGCGUUAAGUCUGCCGUGCACCAUUACAUGAAAUCUCCGACGGCCGUCGCUGUGGAGAAAGGAGCGAAAGAGAUUUCUCGCUCAGGUUACGAGAAGACCAAGGAACUAGAGAUAAAGAUUCUUGACUUCAUCCUUGAAAAUCGCAUGUCAAAGGACUCGGCAGCAAAGAAGUAGAUGAUUCUCGAGCCAAGUUUCCCGCUUCUUUCUGCAUUUUCCUCAUACUAUGCGCUCCCAUUGUGUACGCCAGCUUUAACUCCAGAGCGGCGCGGACUGUGACGUUUCC